AGGACAAAAAUCAAACACUAUCCGUUCAUGGCCAGUAUUCAGAUCUUCGAUGUGUUCCAAUGUGCUGGUUCUAUAAUUAAAUCGGACCUUGUUAUUACUGCGUCUUCGUGUCUGCAAUUGGCUUGGAAUAAUCGUUUCUAUAGAGAGAAUCCGGCUUUCCUAGCUGUCCGCGUUGGUUCAUCAUUCUACAACAGCGGUGGGGAAAGAAUAGCGGUUUUAGAGAUUUACUUCCAUCCCGAGUACAAUCCUAAGAGUCUUUGGAAUAACAUAUGCGUGUUACGUCUUGAGAGGCAUAUAGAAUUUAUAAAGGCUAAUAUAAAGAGAGUGAAGAAGAUAGCAAUAGACAAACAUCCUUGGAAUUUACCUGUAAAUACACCAGGAAUAACCAUAAUUGGAUGGGGAGCUAAAUCUUCCAGUAAUAAAGUGGGUGAUCCGUUUCAUAACAUACUGUCAUAUUCACAUCUUGAUGUUUACCCGACCAGAGAAUGUCAAGAAGUUUAUACCAAGGAGUACGUCACAAAACUAAACUUUUGCGGUGGUUUCUUCUCGAAAGGUGGCGGUGCUUGCAACCGUGACGUAGGUGCACCGGGAAUUAUCGGUGGUACGCUAGUUGGUGUGGUCAGUUUCGGAUCUCCAGUUUGUGGCACACCUGAUGCGCCAACUGUCUUCACUAAGGUCGGCUACUACUACCAAUGGAUACAGACUAUCAUGGAUCUGCAUGUGCCUCAUAGUAAAAAGAAAGUAACAACAAAAUACACAUUGGAUCCUUACGAACAAUAUUUAACCACAACUCCGGGAACUACGACGUUUAAAAUAGAACCUCUGUUGGGUGGUAAACCACCUUCUAUUCUCGAUGAUACGGAGUACGAAGAACACGAUAAUGCAUUACGUACACUUGAUGAUAAAUUAUUCCAAGAGUUUCUAGAAACGAUGUUCGGUAGCAAGGAAGUGAAGAAAUAUGAAGACGUGAUACAACAAGACCCGAAUAUAUUAAGAGAUACUAAAGAGAAAACACAGACUAAGAUAAAGGCAACCAAAAGCAAAGUCGUGGAGACAAUGACUCAAGUUUCUGUACAACCAGCGUCAACAUAUGCAUAUGAUUCUGAAAUAGAAAGUCCUAGAACACAAAUCAUACCUGUCGAUACAUACGAAAUGCCGGAACGUGUCCCAGUGACAGAAAAUAUCGACGUCGAAGAAUCAUACAGUAAAUAUGUUUCUGAACAAAAACAUAAACCGAAAAAUUCCGGUGAUUCUGAACAAUCCAUCGACAAACAAGUAGAAUCAAAUAAUCGAGAAAAAAUAGACAAUGUUGAUCAGAUUGUUGACCAAUCGGAGGCUAAAUCUGCAUCCAGAGAGAGUUCAGGAACGUCGUCCGAUGAUGCCACCGAUAUCCCAGGUGAAGAAGUUAUCGCGAAUUUGUUAGAUGAAAUUGACUUCAAUCAGAUACUAAGAGAGGUUGUCCGAAUGACUACUAAAAGACCUGUCCCACCACAGGCUCAGGCUUAG